AUGGUCCGUCUGAGGGAAAUCCCAAGGACGGCCACGUUUGCCUGGUCCCCUGGCGCUGCAUCACCAUUGAUCGCCACUGGAACCCGUGCUGGAGCCGUUGAUGCCGACUUUUCUAAUAAGACAUGCCUUGAGCUGUGGGAUCUGAGCUUGGAUCGCCAGGAUGCGAGUGAGGAGCUGCAGCCGGUGGCUAAAAUCGACACAGACUCUGGCUUCAAUGACAUCGCCUGGACGGAAUUCGACGAUACGAAGCGGGGUGUUAUUGCGGGUGGUCUGGAAAAUGGCUCGUUGGAUCUAUGGAACGCGGAUAAGCUGCUCGCUGGAUCUAGCGAUGCCUUGAUUUCACGAACCACGAAACACUCUGGUGCCAUUAAGGCCCUCCAAUUCAACCCCAAACACUCGAACCUCUUGGCCACCGGUGGAGCGAACGGCGAGCUGUUCAUCUCGGACCUGAACAAUAUCGAGAAUCCCUUCCGGCUCGGAACUACGGCAGCUCGCACAGAUGAUAUCCAGUGUCUGGAUUGGAACAAGAAGGUUGCUCACAUUCUGGUGACUGGUAGCAGUGCCGGUUUCGUGACAGUCUGGGAUGUGAAGACGAAGAAGGAAAGCUUGACACUUAAUAACAUGGGCCGCAAAGCUGUCAGCGCUGUUGCUUGGGACCCUGAGAAGCCUACCAAGCUGGUCACAGCUACUCCCCUCGAGUCAGACCCUAUGAUUUACGUCUGGGACCUUCGCAACUCGCAUGCCCCCGAGCGGACUCUCAAGGGCCAUGAAUCGGGCGUACUGUCGCUCUCUUGGUGUGACCAGGACCCUGACCUCCUUCUCUCCUCUGGAAAGGACAAUCGCAACGUUUGCUGGAACCCUCAAACAGGUCAGCCAUAUGGCGAAUUCCCUGUUGUCACAAACUGGACCUUCCAGACUCGCUGGAACCCGCACAACCCCAACUUCUUUGCCACCGCAUCAUUCGACGGCAAGAUCUCGAUCCAAACCCUGCAGAACACCAAGACCGACGAUCACCAGGCCAUUGCGGAUCAUAAUCAGGCACUCGAUGGCGAAGAUUUCUUUGCCAAGGCCCAGACACAGCCUCAAGUUUCCAAGUUCUCCCUGCCUAAGCCUCCUCGCUGGCUCGAGCGACCCUGUGGUGUCUCAUUUGGCUUCGGUGGCCGUGUUGUCUCUGUCGGUCUCACUGAGAAGGGUGGCCGCGCAUCGAAGGUUAGAAUCACACCAUUUGAGGUGGACGAGAGCGUCGGAAAUGCCACCGAAAGCUUUGAGACUGCUCUGAGGGAAGGUGAUCUCCGUAACUUGUGCGAGACCCGAGCUGCUGGCGCUGCUAGUGAUGAAGAGAAGGCCGACUGGAAGGUCAUGCAAGCCUUGCUCUCCGAGAACCCUCGCAAGGGCUUGGUGGAGUAUCUGGGCUUCCAAGACCAGGCUGAUGAAGCUGCUGACAGCUUGGCAAAGCUUGGCCUGGACAAGAAGGAGGAUUCCGACUCCAACGGAGAGGCUGAGAAGCCGAAGUCAUCGGCCAAGAAGCACAAGCGUCUUCAAUCGAUGUUCGAUGCCACCCCGGAUAGCGAUAAUUUCCUCACUGAGCUGGCUGCAUCCAAGGGCGCGCAAACAAACAAUCCUUUCCAGAUCUUCAACGGUGCCGAAAGCGAAGCUGAGCAGAAGAUUACCCGCUCUCUGCUUCUUGGAGAGUUUGACAAGGCCCUCGAAGUUGCCCUCCAAGAGGAUCGUAUGUCUGAUGCCUUCAUGAUCGCCAUUUGUGGUGGUCCGAAGUGCAUUGAGAAGGCCCAGGAGUACUACUUCUCUAAGCAGGCUGGCGGGCCCAACUACAUGCGUCUGCUCGCUUCCAUCGUCGGCAAGAACUUGUGGGAUGUGGUGCACAACGCCGAUCUCUCUAAUUGGAAGGAGGUCAUGGCUGCCCUGUGCACCUUCGCCGACGAGAAGGAGUUCCCUGAUCUGUGCGAUGCCCUCGGUGAUCGUCUUGAAGAGCUGGUUCAGCAAAGCGAUGACAAGACCGCCCGCAAGGAUGCCUCGUUCUGCUUCCUCGCUGGCUCCAAGCUGGAGAAGGUGGUGGCCAUUUGGGUUCAAGAGCUCCGUGAGAAUGAGCAGAAGGGUAUUGAGAACGAUGCCGAUAACUCAACCUUUUCCAUCCACGUUCGUGCCCUGCAAGGUCUGAUCGAGAAGGUUACCAUCUUCCGCCAGGUCACUAAAUUCCAGGAUACCGAGCGGACUAAGGAUGCCGACUGGAGCCUCAGCACUUUGUAUGAGAAGUACAUUGAGUACGCGGAUGUUGUUGCCACCCACGGACGCCUCCAAAUCGCUCAAAAGUAUCUCGACCUUGUUCCUGAAAGGCAUCCCGAGGCUGAGAUUGCUCGCAACCGUAUCAAGUUUGCGACGCGUCAAGCGCCCCAAAAGGCACAAGCAGCUACUACAUCCCGAGCUACCCCCAAGCCUCUCCCGCAACAACCAUCUGCCUAUGCGCCACAGCAGACCUUUUCUCCGAUUGCUGCUCCUGGAGCCGGUGUGCAGAAUCCUUAUGCACCAUCUCCUGCCAUUUCUGCUCCUGCUCAACCCCAACAGGCUGCCAACCCGUACGCCGCAGUUGGUGGAGCUUACAACCCGGCUGGCUACCAGCCUACCCAGGGCAUGAGACCACCGGCAUAUGCGCCGCCGGCACAGUUCGGUGCACAGGCUGCGCCUGUUGGCGUGCCGCCUCCCCCGCGCGGUACCAACCAGUCCCCGGCCAGCAAUAUCACUACCUAUACUACGGCUACUGGUCUGCCUGCAUGGAAUGACCUGCCAGAGGGCUUCGCCAAGGCCCCUCCCCCCUCGCCGGUCCUCCGCCACCUGGACCUCCGCCUAUGGGUUCGCAGAGAGCUCCAUCUGUCCCCCCCUCCCCCCAAGGCUGGAGCUCCUCCUCGCGUGACAUCGCCUCUGGCAUCGAACGCUCCUGGGCCAGCUCCUCUGCAGCCGGUCAACCCAUAUGCCUCUCUCCCUCAAUCCCCGCCCACUGGAACUAUGGCCCCACCGGCGUCAAUUCCCCGAGGGCCAUCGCCUUAUAAUGCUCCCCCAAGCAUCCCACCGCCGACAAACCGACUCGGGCCCCGGUUGCUCCUCCGCCACAAGCUGCUGCGUCGCCCUAUGCCCCCCCAGGCCCAGGCGGCUUCGCCAUAUGCUCCCCAGGCCCCGCCAGCUCCAGGGUACGCUCCUCAGGCUCCGCCACCCUCAGGCCCGAGCCACUAUGCGCCUAGCGGUCCGGUUGGUGUACCGCCCCCGCCCAUGGCAGGUCAAGGAAUCCCUCCCCCUCCCAUGGCAUCCCAGGCUCCACCUCCGCCACAGGGAUCUCGCCCCGGAACAGCUCAGUCCCAACGAGCUAUCCCUCCUUCCACACCCAAGUACCCCCCCGGUGACCGUUCCCAUAUCCCUCCCAACGCUAUGCCCAUUCUUGAGUUCCUGUCUGCAGACAUGGAACGUGUCAAGGCUCGGGCACCUUCAUCAUUCAAGCCCCAAGUUGAUGAUGCUGAGCGCCGCCUGAACAUUCUGUUCGACCAUCUCAACAACGAGGAUCUGCUUAAGCCCAACACCGUGGAGGACAUGGCGAACCUGGCUCGCGCUAUACAGGCCCGUGACUACGAGACUGCUCGCGCCGUCCACAUUGAUAUCAUGACCAACCGGACCGACGAGUGUGGUAACUGGAUGGUCGGAGUCAAGCGUCUCAUUAGCAUGAGCAAGGCCACCCCUUGA